UGUACUACGCUUCCGGAAGCGUGUUUUGAAAGGAACUCGAUUCAGAAAAUCCAUCUUUACUCAUUUUGAGAGUUCUUUUUCUGCUUACAUACACUUUCAGCAGAAAAAGAAACAUGGAGACAACAAGUGACGGAAAGAUGAAGAUGCCAAAAGUUGCCAAGGUGAAGAACAAAAUGCCUGCUCCAGUACAGAUCACAGCGGAGCAGUUGCUGAGAGAGGCAAAGGAGAGGGAGCUGGAGCUGGUGCCGCCGCCUCCCAAACAGAAGAUAUCUGAUCCUGAAGAACUUGCCGAUUAUAGAAUGAGGAAAAGAAAGGCUUCUGAGGACAACAUACGUAAAAACCGAAGUGUGAUGACCAACUGGAUUAAGUAUGCUCAGUGGGAGGAAAGUCAGAAGGAACUUCAAAGAGCAAGAUCUAUCUGGGAGAGAGCUCUGGAUGUUGAUCACAGAAACAUCACGGUCUGGCUGAAGUAUGCGGAGAUGGAAAUGAGGAACCGGCAGAUUAACCAUGCCAGGAACGUGUGGGAUCGUGCAGUUACAAUCCUGCCCCGAGCCAACCAGUUCUGGUACAAGUACACCUACAUGGAGGAGAUGCUGGCCAACAUUGCAGGUUGCCGGACACAUGUUGAGAGGUGGACGGAGUGGGAGCCAGAGGAACAAGCCUGGCACUCCUACAUCAACUUUGAGCUCCGCUACAAGGAGCUGGACCGAGCCAGGGCAAUAUACGAGAGAUUUGUGAUAGUCCACCCUGAAGUGAAGAACUGGAUCAAGUAUGCCAAGUUCGAGGAGAAGCAUUCCUACAUCAAUAGCUCCAGGACCAUCUAUGAGAGAGCUGUGGAGUUCUUUGGCGAGCAUAAUGUUGAUGAGAAACUGCUCAUAGCAUUUGCCAAGUUUGAAGAAGGGCAAAAAGAGCAUGACCGAGCCCGUGUCAUCUACAAGUUUGCACUGGAUCACCUGCCCAAGGAUGCUUGUCAAGAGAUCUACAAGCAGUACACAAUGCAUGAGAAGAGGUAUGGUAGCCGGGCUGCCAUAGAGGAUGUCAUAGUCAACAAAAGGCGCUUCCAGUAUGAAGAGGAAGUGAAAGCCAAUCCCAUGAACUACGAUGCCUGGUUUGACUACCUGCGUCUGUUGGAGGCUGAUGGGAAUGUGGAACAGGUGCGGGAGACGUACGAACGAGCCAUAGGCAACCUCCCACCUUCAAAGGAAAAGCGUCACUGGCGGAGAUACAUCUACCUGUGGAUCAACUACGCUGUGUACGAGGAGCUGGAGACGGGGGAUAUAGAGCAUGCACGUAAUGUGUACAAGGCCUGUCUAGAUGUCAUCCCGCAUAAGAGCUUCACGUUUGCCAAGGUGUGGCUGCUGCUGGCCCAGUUUGAGAUCCGCCAGCGGAGCCUGCAGGCUGCCCGGAGAGUGCUGGGAGCUGCUAUAGGCAAGUGUCCCAAGAACAAACUGUUCCGUGGCUACAUCGAGCUGGAGCUGCAGCUCAGGGAGUUUGACCGCUGUCGCAUUCUCUAUGAGAAGUUCCUGGAGUUUGGCCCCGAGAACUGCACAUCUUGGAUGAAGUAUGCAGAGUUGGAGACAAUCCUGGGAGACACGGACAGGGCUCGCUCCAUUCUUGAGCUGGCCAUUGGUCAGCCUAAACUAGACAUGCCUGAAGUGCUGUGGAAGACGUAUAUUGACUUUGAGGUGGACCAGGAAGAGUAUGACAACACUCGCACGUUAUACAGGAGACUACUGGAGAGGACGCACCACGUCAAGGUGUGGAUUAGUUUUGCUCAGUUUGAGAAGUCAACGGGUGAGGACACAGCGUAUGACAAAGUGCGGAAGGUGUACCGUGAAGCCAACAAUACCCUGAAGUCAGCCGAGGACAAGGAGGAGAGGUUGAUGCUGCUGGAGGCUUGGCAGGAGUUUGAGCGGGAGAAUGGUGACAUUGAGACGCAACGGGUAGUGCAGAAGUUGAUGCCACAGAAGGUGAAAAAGAGGAGGAAGAUACAGGCAGAAGAUGGGACGGAAGCUGGCUGGGAAGAAUACUAUGACUACAUCUUCCCUGACGAAGAGGCGGCGAAACCCAACCUGAAGUUGCUGGCGCUUGCCAAACGCUGGAAACAGGAGCAGGACGUGGAUGAGGAGGCCGAGGACGGGAACCAAGAGGAGGAUGAGGAGAACUGAACACAACCAUCAAGUGGACAACUGAAGACUUACCCAUUGAACCAUCAUCCUAACGGGGUAGUGGGGUAGCCUAGUGGUGAAAGCUUUCACUCAUCACACCCGACAGGUAUCUCUAUGGUGCUGACUGGAUGGCUUCAGUUACCCAGACACAUGCAGCAUAAGAGACAGAACUUAAAACAGUUCCAGGUAAUUCCACAUGAAUGAACAUGGCUACUUAAGCAGAUGCCCUUUGUAUGUUAAAGAUUUUACAUCUCUGCCGACUGGGGAGACAAAGGGCUGUAGUUUCAGUUUGGACAAAUGCUUUCAGUGCUUUAGUAAUGAGACUUGGUGGGAUAUGAGUGUUUGUAUCUGGGUGGGAGUCUGCAGUUAGUGUCUUGGCGGUGUGUAGCAAGGCAAUUUCUCAACUGAAGGGGAUCUUCUGGCUACUCCACUAGAAGAUCCACAGGGGGGAUCCAGAAGGGAUAUACUGGGCAUGUGGACCACCCUCUUUCAGACAUCUCAUGACAUGUAUGUUCCCCAUGUAAUUUUGCUGGGUCUUGAACAAGAUCCUGGAUCCGUCAUUGAUUUCCCAGAUGUCAAUCUCAGGAAUACCAGUAUAUAUUUGAUGUUCCUACAGUACUUAAUACUUAUAGGGGCCAGCUAUAUGACAGAUUGGGUGCUUGAUGUGUGACUCUGCUGAAUUCUGUACUGUAAGGGUUGAGAUCACUCAUACUGUUACUAAUUUCCAUUCAUUUUCACCCAAGCUUCACAUUUUUUGACAGAAAGGUGGUCAUUCGGAAUAUUUGCUAAAUGUAUAUGAAACAGUAACGAGAGGUACUUACAACAACUGCCCAGACAACAACUGUCGAACCAAGGUCGUGGGUAUUAACCAGUCACAUGUGGUUCAUGUUAGUUUACAGGCAGCUUGACAUGGCUGGGAUACUUGUGACUGUGAUAUUAAACUACUACUGUGCAGCUUAGCUACAGUAGCUAAGGGACCGUUCAUUAUUUAUGGUUAGUGGGGGUGAUAAUUUUAAGAGUGUGUGUGUUGUGGGGAGUCAUUCACAUUCAUACAUGCUUCUACAUAAAAAUCAUCAUCAUCGCACGCACCACACAUGCAAGCACGCACACACAUCCAUAAAUUAUGAACAGUCCCUAAGUUCUGUCAUCAUCAUGUACACCCAAAUUUCAUUUUCCAUACAAGUUUUGGAGUAGUCAAGAGGUUCAAUUAUUAGAUCAUAGACCAGAAAUCUUAGGUUUAACUCCCUACACCUGUAAAGACCAUUUGUGAUCUAAUUCUGAUAUAGUGAUAAUGCCACACUCCCUCACCCACUUACUCAGUAAAACCACAUAUGGUCGUCAGUGCAGGGCCCCCUUCCACAAAGGGAUCGUAGCGGUAAGAUGAUCGUAACUCCCAUACUAUAACAUAGACUUACGACUGAGGCACUGGGCCCUGUUUGAAGAAAUUUUGGUCCAAAUGAAUGAUGGGUGCAAAGUAAGGUCACUUACACUGUGUAUAGAAGUUGCAAGAGAUAACAGUCUGGAAUGGAAGGUUUCUGAAUUAUCAGGGCCAGGUCCCGAUCCACAAAGCGUUCGUAACAUUACGACCUCUCGUAACUCUAAAGUUUAUCAUAGGCUUACGAAGGUCGUCGCUCUGGGAACUCUUUAGUGAUCGGUACUCUGGACUUGGUUCCUCGUAUUCAUUUAUGUACUGAUGCGCCAUCAAGAUAUUCAAGUCGGCAUUCUACCUGCAUGGUAGCAUCCAUAGCAUCCUCAUUAAUGAAAUCACGUCAUUUCUCAUCUCACCAUAUCAUGCGAAGGUGACAGUCACGAACAUUUUCUAGAUCAUUUUGUUACUGUAUAUUUUGUAAAUAAACAACUGCCAGAGAU